GCCCUCUUGCUGUUGCUGCCAGAAAGUUGUUACUUUACUAGGUGAAUCUCAAGAAAAAAGUCGAGCUGAGACUAAGGUCAUGGGCAAAACAAGCACAAAGAACCCACUACUAAGAAGGAACAACCACAUUCUAAUGAUGAGCCAAAUGAGGGUGAAAGAAGGUGAAGCUAAAGGGAUUACCCGGCAAAUUGGUGCCACAUAUAUUCCUACACAGAAUAUAAGAGAUAGAACAAGAAAACUUAAAGUUGAUGUGAAAUUGAAGGUCCUAGGUCUACUAGUUAUUGAUACCCCUGGACAUCAGUCAUUCACUAACUUAAGGUCUUGGGGCUUAGGUUUGUGUGACAUUGCAAUUUUGGUUAUUGACAUAAUGCAUGGUUUAGAACCACAAACCAUUGAAUCAAUCAAUCUUCUAAAAAUGAGGGAUACAAAAUUUACUGUCGCAUUGAAUAAGGUGGAUAGACUUUAUGGGUGGAAACUUGACGGAAUGCACCAAUUUGGUGAAGGCAUUUCUGAUUUGUUGCUAUGGUUAGUUCAAUGGACUUUGAAGACUAUGGUUGAGAGACUUACUUACAGUAAUGAAGUACAGGGUGCAACUAUUGCACUUCCUCUUUAUUUUGCAACAGAGAGGGGACCUUACAAUGAUGCUGGUGUAAUCUAUUGGACAGACAUUAUGCCUACAUCAGGUGGUUUGACUAUUGUGAGCCAUGUGGUUCUUGAACCAUGCUCACUGCAACAUAUUCAAGUAGCUUUAGCCAUUGAGAUUGAUAAUUCUACUAGGUGCUACCCAACUUUGAAAUUUGUGGGGCAGAAGCAAGCUGUAAGGGUUGUGUUCUUUGGAAUGGCUUUCAUGUUUGCAAGAUCAUCUAAACUCGAUUAUAAUGUU